AUAAAGUACAGAAAAAAAAAUCAGAAGCACCUUCUAAAUUUUGAAUUGCACCAUCUGAUUAUUUAAUGUACAUGUGAUAUUUUUGAGGACCUAGAGUUAGAGAUAGUAGCUUUCAUCUGAAUUCAAUAUCUUAGUCUGUUUGAUUUACAGACUUAUAUUAUUUUCAUGUUCUUGGGGUGUGCUAGGUUUACAGUAUAUUUCUCAUAGAUAUUUGAUAUGCGAGUCAUAAAGCAUAUGUGCCUGUAUGUGUGAUAGACUUUGAGAUAUUUCCUCAUAGCAUUUGCAGGGUCCUUCUGCUACAUGAACAUGUAAUGUAUUUGUAUCUAACUGCAUAUGGGAACUUCAUAUUUAGCUUUUUAAGGCAGUAGUUUUCUUCACCAAAAUAGAGGUUCACCCUUAGGUGUGAGUCUACGUCACAGCUAGUUGGGCAGCUGGCUGUCCUCCUUCUCCUUUUCUUUCAGGGCUCCAAUCAAUAAUUUACCUGGCCUGGUCAUAUCGAUGGCACCUGCUCCCUUUUCUCUUCCCCUCGUUCCCUCCCUCGCGCUUUCCGUGAAAACUACUGAACUGCUGAUGACAAGGGAGUAAAAGAACUCAUUAAUGAGUGACAGAAAAAAGGAGACAGAAAAGCAAGGAAACUGCUAUCAUUCUAUCAGACAGGUGUUAUCGGUCUUUGGACCAACGGCAGUGAAGGUGACUUUCACUGCCUGAAGACACUGAUACACACAGGACAAGAAACGUCUGAGGAAACUUUUUCAGAAGUUUGAAUGGGAAUACAGACUCUGUUCACAAACUUAUUCUGUCCCUGACAUUUUUUUAGGCUUUUUCUCUGCUUGAAGUUCAUAUUUCUUGUCAAAUUUGUCACUAUGUCGGGAGCCAGUAGCGACCAGCUGCACAGAUCAACUUUAACUGUCUAUUCAAACCUGAUGGAGCACUUCAACCCAGGCCUCCAGAAGCUUGUUGCUUUAGGAACCAGCUAUGUCAAAGCUUUUCAAGCCUUAGCAGUUUGCAGUGAAGCCUACUUCAGCGCUGUGGCUAAAAUGGGUGACCAAGCUCUUCACACGCUAUCAUCUCGCUCUCUUGGUGAUGUCCUGAUCCAGAUAUCAGAAACACAGAGGAGGCUCACUGCAGAGAUGGAGGGAGUGUUCCGAUGGUUCCAGGUUGAAGUGUUGCAAGCCAUGGAGAAGAAUGUCAAACUGGAUGAGGAGUACAUUGAUGGUAGUCGCAGAGUUUAUGAGCUGGAGGUGAGGAACCAGGCAGAGGCUUUGGAGAAACAACUCAGACGAGGAGCCUACAGAGACUCUUUGGAGAACAGUGACUAUAUGCUGUAUUUGAGGCAGAGCCAGCAGGAGAUCCUGAAGGAAGAGGAGAGGAGGUAUCGCUUUCUGGCAGAGAAACACUGUGGACUCACGCAGUCACUGCUCUUCCUAAUAAAUAAGACUGGUGCAUCUCUCCAGCAAAAGGCAGAUGGAUGGAAGGAGAAAGUAAAUGAAACCAGAGGGUCCAGACCUCGAACUCCCACCCAUUUGGACCAAGAGGCACAGCUGCGAGGUUCAGUGAGCUCCCUGAUGCAGACAGUAGCCAGAGAUGAGGACAUGUCCUGGGCCAGGCGGGAGCAACAGGCGCUGGGCAGAGUGCCCUCUAGAGCGCCGUCUCCUCUCCCCAGUCGCUCUCGCUCCAGCUCAGUGGGGGAAUCUCUGGGUCUGGGAGGAGGUAGAACCAUGAGAGCCCUGGUGUCUCAUCCCUCCUCAUCCAACCCCAAACUUCUACCUUUCAACAGGGGAGAGAUUGUCACUGUACUUGUGCAGGAGCCUCGCAACGGCUGGCUGUAUGGACGCACUGACAGCAGCCUGCGUCAAGGCUGGUUCCCUGCUGCUUAUGUGGCUUCUAUUGAGGAUUUUGCCAACACUUUAGCAACAAGUGGUGGUUCUUUACGAAGCCAUAGUAUGAACAAUCUGCUGGACCCCACUGACACCUACAGUGACCAAUCAGAGAGCAAGACCUAUGGAGAUGACCCUCCUCUGGCCACGCCCAACCGUAGAGCCUCUGUAGACGUCCGGUCAAUCUCUCCGCUCCCAGAGAAGAAGGCAGAACCAGGAAUAGAGACAAAGCCCAGUCAAACCAAGAGCUACAAUGAAGUCCCACCUCCGCCUCCUCCACCGCCGCCUCCUCCCCCGAGUCAGAAUCUCAGAAGGGGCUCUGUAGAUUUUCGACCGAUUUCUCCCCUCCCUGACAGGAAGGGCGAGUCAGGUUCUGAUGUUCAGACAUUAUCACCCCAUGGGCCACCUGAAAACCCACUCUUUCCCAGAGGGACAAACCCAUUCGCCACUGUAAAGCUUCGCCCCACGACGACCAAUGACAGAUCCGCUCCUCGGAUCCACUGAUCCAUCAGCACUCACACAGGCCGGGUUUGUAACUGAGGCUGCCAGAUCAGGUUGUGGAGGAAGGAUAUACAUUUUUGUUUCAGGAGAAUGUAAUGUCAUCUCUGAAAUGUGAAGGCUUUGAGCUAAGAGGGAGGGAGGAAGAUUGGUGAGUUAUUUGUACAGUGUUAGAUGUAGUGAAUUCCUCCAGAUGAGGCAUUUCUUGUACAAAAGGCAAAAAUAUUUCAUCAACUAAAUAAUAAAAUAUCAAAACGGUAAACUUUUAAAAUAG